GUUAGGCCGUUGCUGUGAGCAGCCAUUCGCGCUGUUCAUUGCAAUCAGUUGAGAGGUGGAAGUUGCAGUGGACGGUUGGUUGUGGUGUUACGGAGAAGUGUUUGUGGAGCGCUAUUAAAUUUCCGUAACCGUUCAGUAUUGCUGUGAGUGGUAGUGUUCGUAGGUGAAGCCAGCAAUAUGGAUACUGGCAGUGGAAAUGCUGGAUCAUCAGAUGCCACAAAAACAAAUUCAAACUCUACAUCUGAAAGUUCUCAGCAUUCGGGGUGUGGCUGUGCUUCAGGAACAACCAUUACUGUUCGCGUCACGCCAACAACAGGGGGCCAGUUCGAUCUUCAAGUGGCAAAAACAGAAAGUGUUGAAAACUUGAAGAAACUAAUAUCCAAAAAACUUAAAGUGCCGAAAGAACGGAUAUGUUUGCUUCAUAGGGACAGGCAACUUCGUGAUGGCACUUUGCAAGAGAAUCAUUUGAUGGAUGGAAGCAGAUUAACUCUGUUACCUAGUGUUGAAACUGGUUUGCUGGCACAACGUCCAGAGCAGAGCGUAAUGCAGGCGCUAGAAAGUCUAAACGAUUCCCAGGUGAAUGAUUUCCUUUCGGGGAAGGCGCCUCUGAACCUCACAAUGCGGCUAGGUGACCACAUGAUGCUGAUACAGCUGCAACUCUCAACAGUCACGCCCAGCUCAUCUCGUCGAUCAGCCAGCACUAAUUCCAACACUAACACCAGCACCUCUUCCACAAAUUCAACUCUCCAGUCACAUCUUCCCAUCCUACCUUCUGCGACUUCUGCACCUGCCAUGACAGGUUCCAACAAUACUACGUCUUGUAAUACACCCAGUAGUACCUCUCCAGCGACUGUGGUUCAGCCUAGCGUUGAAAACAGAUGUCAUGGUAACAGUGCAAGUGAUUCCACAGCACCUCAGUACCACAUUGCGUCACCAACAACGCAAACGUGUUCUAAAUCUAAUACCUCAUUGUCACAGAUCAGCGUUUCCGCUGCUUCACCUAGUCCGCUAUUAGUGUCAUCGAGAAAUUCGGUGAUGACAGCUUCUCAGUUGUCAGUUGUGUCAAGUGGCAAAAAUACAUCUCAUUCCACGUCAACCGAUAGCUAUCGGCAUCACCUUCAACAGAAAGUAUCGCAUCAGAAUUCAAGCGCGGUUUCUGUGGCAAGCGAAUCAUCAAAGUUGUCGGUGUCUUCUAGUUCAACAACAGACGACAAAUACUCUUCGCCUUCGUAUGUACCACCACGGCGUCUUUUAUACUAUUACACGAAGUCUUCGUCGUCAAACACUGAUACCUCCUCGGAAGUGGCUCAGUCUUCCAACACAUCAGAAUCCUCCCACCGUACUGUUCAACAACAUUUAGUGCAGUCUCCUUUGAAGUCCCUAGAAAAUGCCACAAAUAAUUUAAGUCUUUAUACAAGUAAUAAUGCAUCAAACAUAAAACUCCCGGCAUCACAGACUACAUCGGAUAACGCUUCAAAUCAUGGCCCGUUGACGUCGACUUCAGUGCAUGCGUGCACGUCACCGUCAUCAGUUUUGUCAUGUAGCUCAGCGACUUCAGGUUCUGCAUUAUGUAAAUGCGAACCAACGACAGCUGCGAAACCGACGCUAGACACUCGCGCUCUCGCAGAAGCGUCCCGGAACCUCACACAGACGCUGAAACAACUGUCUUCGGAAGUGCUAACAUCCCGUUCGGACCCAGCUGAGGAUAGUGCACGAGCUCGGCGCCAAGGUGCCAUAAUUGAGUCUAUGCACCACCAUGGAAAGGGAGUCUACUCGGGCACAUUUUCAGGAACCUUGAAUCCAGCUCUGCAAGACAGAUUUGGGCGUCCAAAGAGAGACAUUAGCACCAUAAUACAUAUUCUGAAUGAUCUACUGUGUGCUACUCCUCAGUACCGCCGGCAUGCUCGUCAGGGUCAUACCAUCACCUUGGAAGCUUCAAGUGGUAAUCCUCCUAAAUCAGGCAGCUCUGGUGGCAGUAGUUUGGUGUCUGCUGACAGUAGGACUGCACAGAACAUUGAUUUCAUGGAGGAAUCCUUGACCCUGUCACAGGAGAAUCAAGCCACUCGUGGGAAGAUGGAGCAACUGCGCCUUAUAAUGCAAGAGAGGAGGGCUCGUCGUCGUGCUCGACGUGAAGCUCGCUUGGCUCCAUAUACUUUGACACAGUGGUCAGCUAAGUCUGAGUCCCUCUCUACUCAGCAGAAUCCUGCAGGAGGUCCAGGAUCUGGUGCAGGAUCUCUUGGUACCCAUGGAGAUGAGCCAAUGGACACAACUGGAUCAUCAGCAGGUGAACAGCAUGUCUGCGAGUUGAACCCCCCGGAACCAGUUGUGGCUUGACCAAACCCAACAAAGAUAGCGAACUUGAUGAAAGUUUAGAGUUGAUGGUCUGUCACAGGUAAAUUAGAGAGGACUGAGGACAAUUUGGGAAUGACUACAUAGUACAGUAGUGGAAGAUUUUAGAUAUUGCACGUUCAAAUUCGGUGAAUUAUAAAGAUAUACAUAUAUAUAUAGUGAUAUACACAGUGAAAGAACUGUGUUUGACUGAAGAAGAAUUUGUGUUGUCUAUUAUGAAAGUGAGUGUAUUUGGCUACUGAAUCUAAACCAUGCAAAGAACAGAUACUGCAGCAGCUUCCUGAUGGAAAGUCCUAUGAAGCCUAUAUCAUACCAAGUUGAUGGUCCACCAGUUUAGAGCAAGUUUAGUUCAGAUGUCUCCAUGAAGUGAAUAUGUAAAAUUACCAGUGUUGAGAACCUUCUUGUACUCAUUCCAACUGCUGUGCCAUUAUCAAGACUUCGCUUGUAUUGUAUAAUUGCAAGAAAAUAUCACAUAAGCAUGUAGAUAUAAAUGUAUAACUGAAGCUACAUUAAGAUUGUUGUUCCGUUCUUACUCGCGUUGCUUAUGCUGUGCUUCUUGUAGUUACAGUCCAUACAAGUGCAGUCAGUACUUCGUAAAUCUCAUUUUGAAUUUGGAAAUCGGAUUCAGGUUAUGGGAUCAUUUGCAAGUGGCACAUCACAUUUUUUUUUUUUUGUAAUGGUGUCUAUAGAUCCUUGCAAGAGUAACUGAAGUAUAUUGAUCAAGAAUUCUGAUUUACUCAUAAAGAAUAUCUUGUGAAUAUUCAAGGCAUUUUAAGUGAAAUUUUAAGUUCCCCCCCCACGGUAAGAUUAUCAUGAAAGUAUGUUCUUUGGACUUUUGUAUAUCAUCUGGGUCAGUAAGACAUACAACUAUUAAGGCUGAGUGGGUCUGUCUUCAGGAAAAAACGAAAUGAUACCCUGCAUGUUGUUACUGUUAGAUAAAGUUAAAUGUAGUGACAAGAAUUGUUCUUUGCUAGUGUGCUCUACAUUUUCCUUUUAGCUGGAGAUGGGUCAGAACUGUAUAUCUUUUUGAUCCAGACAAUGGAAAUUGUGUAAAUGAAAUAUUCCUUGACAGUGCUGAACCACCGUCACAAACCUGUAGAACCAGAACACAGUAAAAUUGCCUUAAUACAUUCAAAAUUGUGUUAUUAGUAUCUGCUUAACACCUUAGUACCAACAACUAUAAACAAGGCAGCAAAUUUCCUUUAGUGUCCAGAAAUUAUGUAUUGGUUCUGAGUGAGUGAGUGACUGACUGACUGGCUGGCUGACUUGAUUGAUCAAUCAUACUGAAGAAUAAAUCUGGCUUUAAUGUUAGUGUUAUUCUAACUGCACUGUGGAAGUAAUGUUAACAAUUCCCAGUGCCUACACAUUAGGACAGACUGCUGUUUGUUUGUACUGUGUACAGUGCACUGUGAGCUGUUGCAGUGAUGUUAAUGGGAAUAAAUGGUUUAGCACCAGCAUAACCAAGGUGUAACAUUUAUUUUCAUCUCCCUUCCUGUUAUAUCAGUUCAUGUUUGUUACAUUUGGAUGGUGGAAGAUGCUUUUCAACUAGUUACAGAAUUCAUUCUCCAUGUUUUGUGGCAUCACGUAUCAUUGUCAGAAGAACUUCUACUUCAUUUGCUCAAACUUUCAUGAUAAAAACAUUGCGCUUUGUAUUCUGAGGCUGUACGACCAAUGUGUUCUAAUUGUGCUAUUGCCAUUCACUGUGGUAACUAAAUUGCCAUGGUGUCAGGAGAAAGUCCUGGUAAUGAAUUGUCACAAUUCUAAUUUGUAUCUGAAAUGGAUUAUUAUGUUUCUGGUGAAUUGGAAAUAAUAUUGUGGAAACCUGAAGCUAGAGUUUUGGGACUCGCCAUGUUGAACUGUUUACGUACCAUAAUAAACACCUUAAAACAUGAUCAUGAAAAUUGAACAUAAAUUUUCAUCAGUAAAUUAGCUCAAGUUCUUUAGUUACAUAUAUUUUUUACAGUCAAUAAUUUCAUGGACUGUGGUUUUGUUGCACCAUAUUGCAAGAUACAUACAUUUACACAUAUCCACAUCCUCCCUUAAAAUAGUUGCCGUUUGUCUCCUGUUACAAUCUGGUUGAGAAAUGCCCCAUAUUUGUCAGCACUAUCAAUCAGGGCACCACAAAUGCUCAUGCGAUCAUCAUGUUUGUCUUGCGUCAGGACACGUGAAACACUGUGCUGGGCAACAUGAGAUAUGUUCAGGUCAUUAGACAUUUUUGUGGCAUGUGCCAUGGCUAAUUCCUGCUGCUCCUGCUAUUAUUUAAUCUACCGUUUGGGAGCAGUUGGCACCCACCAACACUGUAACUUCUUGGAUCUUGAGUUGAGUUCUGACUCUUCUUUGUGGCACCCACCAACACUGUAACUUCUUGGAUCUUGAGUUGAGUUCUGACUCUUCUUGGCCGACCAGUAUAUUCAUCUUUCAAAUUGUCUCCCACUGUGCAAAACGUUUGUGCCAUUUAAACACAGCACCGCAGACCAAGUCUAUGCUGUACACUUGCUUGAUCAUCUGAAACGUUUUGCUAGUGAUUUGCCUAAAUUUUUGGCAGAACUUGACAUUUGCCUGUUGCUCAAACUGCAACAUUCUUGAUUUCCACCACUUGCAGACAACUACCCCUUUACAACAGUUACUUUCUUUCUGAAUACACUGCACACACACAACUGCUUCAUGCUGGGGCAGAGAAGAAUGGACAUGCCACCAUCUCACAGCUCCAUGUAUCCGCUGUAAUGCAUAACAGCGCUGCCAUGUGGCCAGUCCAUGAAAUUAUUGCCUGCACUGCAUAUAUAUAUCAAUUAAUUCCAAAUUACAUAUAAAUUUGAGUUAAUAAGUCAAAUUUUAUAGAAUGAAAAGUAUUCCCACUGUAAGUAAUGAGUCUUGCUUCCCUUGUCUGUAACUAGAAGUUAAUUUCAGUGUGGAAGUAAACUUAUCAGAACUUUAUAUCUUGUAUGAAUUCAUGUGACUGCUUUACUGGAUGUGUUAACAUAACAUAAAUCCCAUUAGAGACUGAAUGUUAAAACCAAAUUUCUGUAUGAAUCAAAUUUUGACAUGUAGAACAAUAUUAUUUGGCAUUCAGUAUAAAAAUGAUAACAAAAAGGAGUAAAUGUCAGGUACUACAUGACAUACCUAUAAGAACUAGCAAGUUGCAGGUUUAGAUACAGUGUCAUAUUAACUGCCAUUUUAAAUAGCAGGAAACAGUAUGCUUCAACACCUGUUUACUUCAUAGGAUGUUAGAAAAUUGAUUUGUAGGUUUCCAGUCAUUGAAAGAGAGACUAUAAUGAUUCUUGUAUAUGUUAAUGGCAUGUUAUUUUCAGAAUUCUUGUAGCACAAUAAUAAUUUUGUGAAGAGUGUUAGCAAGAAUAUAUAUUAUUGCUUUAAUUGCAAAAUAUCCAUUUAUUACACAAAGAAUGAAACUGGAACAAGCCAGUGGUCUUCAGGAAAUAAGACUAGUUCAUGCAUUCUGUGCUUGUUACAAACUUAUUUAUACUUUCAUUUCAAAUUAUAUGUUUUGUUCCUGACAAAUAAAUCAGAAGGAGAUAUUAUCGCCUUCACUUUUACAAGAUUAAGUAUAUAUAAGUAAUUAUAAUCUGCCCUGUUAAGUAUUUACUUUGAGAGAAGAGUAAGCUUGGUUUAACAUUUAGUCUGAUAUACCAUCAAAUGGUACUUGAGACACCUAUUGACAGUAGUGUAGAGUUUAUGUAUUGUAAGACUCCCGUCCUCCGAAUGAUUAUACGGUCUUCACAAGGACUUAGUUCAGCAUAUUCUUUUUUGCUAACAUGAAAUCUACUUCCUAUCAGGGAAAAUAUAUUCAUCUCUAGGGCAAAAUAUAGUUGGUGAAAAUGAACAGGAAUUCAUAAGAAAUUGUGUAUCAUAAUGUAUAGUAUGACUUGUAUUAUAUUCAUAUAUGAUAGUUGUGCAUUUCCUAUUCAUUAUAUGUAGAUAAAUAAAUAAAAGAAAAUGUCUUUUUUUGUGUAUGUAUUCUUUUAGUAGUUCAGAUAUGUAAGUAUCAGUAUAUAAAAUAUAUCCAGAAAGUUGUGCGCAAAUAUACAAAUUGAGGCAUGUAUUUCUGUGAGUUUGGGGUUAAUUAUGUUAGUCUUCAUUCAUUUAUCAGUCAUAUUUCAGGCAUUUAGUGUUUGUAUGAGUAUACACAAGACAAUAUUAAUCUUGUAUUAUUGAGUUUCCUGAAAUAUUAAUUUGGUAUUCAUUUUGCUGUUUUAGUCAUAGCACAUGCAACAAACUUUGGAUCUGAAAUGCCGUUUUAUUCCCACACAUUAGUCAAAUCUGUUUUUGUCAGAAAAGGAAAACAUGGAUUAUAAGUAUAAAUAUUUUCACUUUUCUGGAAAUAUUUUGAGAAAAUGACUGUUUUGGAGUUAGGACAAGUUGACAUAAAUAGCUGUAAACAUCAUAGUAUUUUUCUUAAAACUUGUGUAAUUUUAUUGUAGUGAGUUGUCAGUAAUCAGUUCCUGUUCCCCAUCCUCUUGCAAGUACUCUUUUGUAUAUAAAAGAAAUUUUCCUUCUUUAUUCCACAUAUUAGUGACAACAUUUUGCUACUUCAAAACAGUGAAAUAUGUAGACACAAAUAAAUUGAAGUGUUUUGUGAUUUGUAAUGUAGGAUUAUUUGUAGUAAACACUUAAACAUGUGAAACUGCAGAAGAAAAAGCAUGGAAUUGUUUAUUGUGCUGUGAAAUUUUUUGUCUAAAUAUGACUUACAAGGGGUUUCAGUAGACACCAGUUGUGACUGCAGACUAGAAUGUAGCUUGAAUUGCUUUUAGGGGUUAUAUAUGUAUGUUAUGUGAAGUGUUGUCAUUAGUUUUUUUUUUUACCUUGAAGUUUAAGGUUCGUUUUGUCUGUUUUCCAGUAACAAAAGGAACAAACACUGUUAGAAGAAAUAAUUAAAUGAAAAGACUGGGUUGCAUCAUUGCACCACCUCAGGAAAGACUUGUGUUGGUAAAACUAUGAUACACUUGCAAGAAAUGUCCUCUGGUACAUGUUUGUCUACUGAUUGAAAUGUCUUUCAUAUGUUUUCAGUCUUGAUUAGAUAUUGUGUUUAAAAUAUUUUAAGAAAUUGUUGUAAUUCAUAUUGAUGUUUACUGAUUUCAGUUAGACUUCCAAACAACACAGAUGGUUAUAAAACUUUUAGUUAAUGCAGUUGAUAGUCUAUUAGUUUUAAUUAAGGUUCAGUGAAUGAAUGGUGAUUCAAUGUGUAACAGAUUCAGAGUGGUUGAAAAUGUUUUCUUGAAAUAAAGAUAGUCAUAUCAACACUUA